AUGCUGAACGAAGCUGGUCUUCAGAGCGUAAUCGAUACAGUGGGGGAUCCUCGUUCUCGACGGCAGGUACCCUCCCAUCCUCAUGGCCGCAAGAUGAAGGGCGAUAUCCACAUUCCUGGAAUCCGCGAUCGAGGGUCCGAGCAGUACGAGGGCUUGAUGGCGGACGUGACGUUGGUCCACCCUUACAUUGGUAGCUCUGCCGACCUGACCAAGUGGGGGGAGGUCAACCUCGACGCCCUCCAUGUUGCAGCGUCUGAGAAGAUUCGCAAACAUCGCGCUGCAUAUGCCAUGACUACUCCUCCUCGAGCGUUCAUCCCUCUUGCCAUCUCGACGGACGGUACCCUGCAUCCUGACACCCUCCGCUUCAUCUGGUAUCUCGCGGACAUCAUUGCUCAGCGCUCAAUGCCUCUUGAGGAUGCGGCGUUUGGUCGGCACUUCGUGCCUGAUGACGGACCUGCUGCUGAGGUCUUGGCUCGCAAACGCGCCGCCACCUAUCAGCGCCUCACUAUGCAGCUGACGCUGGAAGCGCUCUUGUCUGGUGCGAGGCGCAUGACGCCCUUGCGGGCGCAAGCACUUCUCGAGCCAGAGGACAGCUCCUCCUCGGACUUUGUCGAGUCGCCCGAGGAGUCUUCGCCGGAGGUCUCCGACUCCGAUGGGGUACACCCUUCGAGUGGCCCCGACGAUCGGCGCGGAGCUGGCGAGGCGUCUCCGUCCCUCACUGUGACGUCGGGUGCCUCCGGAGAGCUCGACACCACUGGGGUGCUUGCUGCUGGUCCGAGCUCGCCUGCUUCCUCCCCGGCAUCGGUCGGGUCACGCCGGUCCUUGGGCAUUGCCGCGGCGUCGCCGCCGUCACGGGCUAGCGAGGAGGACUACCUCGAGCGGCUGCUUGUCGGUACGGUCUGCGCGGCUUCGCGCUUGGGCUGGCGCUGCCGCGUCUGGGUGCCAGCAGUGCUGGUUCUUUUCGGGCUUGUGUUUUGUGUGUGA